AUGUCUGACUCCGUGUCGACCGUUUUGCCCGAGGGGGUUGGAUAUGGUGUCGUCGUUGGUAUCGGCUUUUUCUUCACAGCGGUCAUGAUUGGAAUAUCCAUGCUCCAGAACAAAUACACCAACUACUCUACAAAGACAAGCGAGGAAUUCAACACCGCCAGUCGGAGCGUUAAACCCGGUCUGAUCGCAGCCGGUAUCGUAUCAGCUUGGACCUGGGCUGCGACCCUUCUCCAGAGCAGCACGGUCGCCUACACAUAUGGCGUGGCGGGACCAUUUUGGUAUGCCGCCGGUGCUACUGUGCAGAUCUUGAUGUUCUCCAUCCUUGCGUGCAAGACCAAAAUGAAUGCUCCUCGCUGCCACACUUUUCUCGAGAUCAUCCAAGUUCGCUACGGGAAUUUUGCUCACUGUGUCUUCAUCUUCUUUGCCCUUGUUACCAACAUUUUGGUCGGCUCUCAACUCCUCCUCGGAGGCUCCGCCGUGGUGACUAGUCUGACGGGCAUGAAUGUAUAUGCGGCCAUCUUUUUGAUCCCUCUCGGUGUGGUGGCGUAUGUCCUCAUGGGCGGCCUUCGAGCUACCUUUCUAUGCGACUACUCUCAUACCUUGAUUCUCAUGGUCAUCAUUCUCUACUUUAUGUUCCAAGUCUAUGCUGAGGACGAUCUAAUCGGUUCUCCAUCUCAAAUGUUCCAAUUGCUGAAGAAAGCCGCCAACCUCCGGCCCGUGGACGGCAACCAGGAGGGGUCAUAUUUGACGCUGAAAUCAAACAAUGCGCUGAUCUUUGGCGUCAUCCAACUGUGCUCGGGCUCCGGAACCGUGUUCUUGGACCAAGCAUAUUGGCAGCGGGCCAUUGCCUCUCGGCCUACCACGGCUGUCCGUGCCUACAUCCUCGGUGGCAUGGCGUGGUUUGCCAUUCCAUUCGGUUUCGCGACCACUCUGGGACUCGCCGCUGUGGCCCUCACAGACAACCCUGCAUUCCCAACAUACCCUGAUCCGCCAACUCCCGGCCAGAUCUCUUCUGGCCUUGCCGCUGCCUUUGCAGCGAGCACCUUGCUCGGUAAAUCAGGCGCUGUGGCUCUGUUGAUCACCCUAUUCAUGGCCGUUACGUCUUGCGCCUCUGCGGAGCUCAUCGCCGUGUCGUCCAUCCUGACUUUCGACAUCUACAAGGCCUACAUCAAACCAAAUGCAACACCGGAGAACCUGAUAUUCAUGGCUCACGUCAACGUCGCUGUGUUUGGAUUGACCAUGGCAAUCUUCGCCAUCAUCUGGAACGUUAUUGGUAUCGACCUCGGCUGGUUGUUCUUGGUGAUGGGUCUCCUGAUUGGUGGUGCUGUAUUCCCAACUGCCUUCGCCAUCACUUGGAAGAAGCAGAGUCGAGCGGGGGCAAUUGUGGGUUCACUGUCUGGCCUUGCAGCAGGCCUCACAGCAUGGUUGGUAGAAGCACAAGUCUACUACGGCGAGAUCACGCUUGCAUCAACGGGUUCCAAUUACGCCACUCUCGCCGGCAAUCUUGCCGCCAUCAUGACCGGUCUCAUCGUCACGGUUGUCGUCUCCCUCCUCAAACCAGACCACUAUGACUGGAACACCACGCGAGCCAUCAACAUUGAGCACGCCCUCGAGGGGGUCGCGGCACCCGAUUCAACCCCACCUAGCACGGUGGAAGCCGCCGAGGGAGAAAAGGCCAUCAAGGCCGCCGGCGAGACCCCAUCGCCCGCGUCCCCGGUCCUUGCAGCGACACCUCAAGAAGACGAAAAACACGUCCCGAUCCACAACCGACGAGACUCAAUCCGCGCCGAUGAAGAACGCCAAAUGUCCCUUGAUGCCAUCAUGGAAGAGAACCCUCAACGUCUCCGCUCAGCUUUCAAACUCGCCUGCAUUGCAUCCUUCGUAUUGCCCUUCAUCAUGGACUUCUUGAUUCCCAUUCCCAUGUUUCUCUCCCACUAUAUCUUCUCGAAGGACUUCUUCACGGCAUGGGUCGUCAUCAGUUUUAUUUGGGUAUUCAGCUCGACAUUUAUUUCUGUGGUACUGCCGAUUUGGGAGACGAGGGUGUUUUUCAAGCAGCUUUUCUACGAGGUUAUGAGAGAUAUUAGAGAAGGAAGACAAGCGGUGUAA